AUGGGCUCUAUCGAAACUCUUAGUUGCUCUCGCCUUAGCGUCUACAAGACAAUAACUGAGUUGAGUGACAUUGACCACCAUGAUCAAAUCCUAUGGUGGCACAGUGUGGCGCCCAUGUUCGCGGAAAUGCUUAACGUUGCUGGUUAUGACACCCACUCCCAGUAUAAAAUCCUUGGAGUAUAUCUGAAACACAUCAUUCCCUUUCUGGGUGUCUACCCGACGCGUAUGAACGACCGAUGGCUCAGUGUCUUGACUCGAUAUGGUACACCGUUUGAGCUGAGUUUAAACUGCUCUCACUCCAUGGUGCGAUACACAUAUGAGCCCAUCAAUAGUGCCACUGGCUCGCUGAAGGACCCAUUCAACACCCAUGCCAUAUGGGAUGCGCUCGACAGACUCAUUCCAUUGCAGGAGGGCAUUGAUUUGGAGUUCUUCAGACAUCUCAAGAAUGACCUCACUGUCAACGAUCAGGAUGCAGCCUAUCUGCUGGAGAACAAGUUGGUCGCAGGCCAUAUUCAGACCCAAAACAAACUUGCUUUAGAUUUGAAGGGUGGCGUCUUUAUGCUGAAGGUUUACAUCUAUCCUGUCCUCAAGUCUCUGGCCACCGGGAAAUCGAUCCAAACGUUAAUGUUCGAUUCUGUUCAACGCAUCUGUCGCCAGUAUCCUACACUAGCCACUCCUCUCCAAGAACUAGAAGAUUACGUCUAUUCUCGCGGGCCGAGCAGCACUGCCACUCCACGGCUUCUCUCCUGCGAUCUCUGUGAUGCACGCAAGUCUCGCAUCAAAAUAUACCUCCUGGAGAUGAACGUCUCCCUGGACGCAAUGGAGGAUCUGUGGACUCUGGGGGGGCGACGCAAUGAUAUAGCCACAAUCACUGGGAUGGAAAUGAUUCGUGAGCUCUGGGACCUAAUCCAGCUCCCUGCGGGUCUGCGUGGAUACCCGGAGCCCUUUCUGAAGCUGGGAAGCGUCCCAAAUGAGCAGCUUCCUCUGAUGGCGAACUAUACACUACACCACGAUGACCCAAUGCCAGAACCCCAAAUAUAUUUCACGACCUUCGGCAUGAACGACAGUCAAGUGACCGAUGGGCUAGUCACUUUCUUCGAGCGCCACGGCUACACCCGCAUGGCGCAGACAUACAGGGAUAGUCUGCGUGCAUACUACCCUCACUUGAAUCAUGACACUGUCAACUAUCUCCACGCCUACAUUUCCUUCUCUUACCGAAAAGGGUCCCCCUAUCUGAGCGUCUAUCUCCAGAGCUUUGAAACCGGAGAUUGGCCGAUGUCGGACUUCAGUGUCCCAAUCUCUAGGCCGCUCUCUAAGGACAUGUGUCGCGACCACCCUGUCUCCUUCGAGAUGCCUUUGAAAAAGAGCCAGCCGGUGACAUAA